AGUCAUAUAGGCAGGAUUUGUAAGAAAAUAAAUAAGCUUUAGUGAAUAAGAAAAAGAAAAUAAGAACAAGAAAAAAGUGUUUUAUGUUAAAAGAGAAUUAAAAAGGAAAAGUUUGUUUUAUAAAACAUUAAAAGCAGAUAGCCUAUUUAUACAAUUGAAACAUGCUACACGAUACAGUACACAUAUUUCAACUAGAUAUUAUAUUUGUGCAGCUAGCCUACUGCACUUCUUUUGAUGGCACAGUUACUUUAUCGGUUGGUUGUAAACCUGAUGAGCUAAACCACAGAUGAAAAAUAUUUUUGUUUUUCAUGUACUGUACGCCUACGUAGAAUGGAAAUACCUUCGGCAGUGCAAUUAUGACUGUAGGAUAUUUCAUGUUUGCCCUCUAAAAAGGUUACACCGGAAACAAACUGUAGGAGGAAUAGAAACCUGAUGCUUUUGUUACCUUAGCUACAUCACACCUCAACAGUCCUCGUAUCAUUGUGUACAUGGGAACGGGAGGGCAUCAAGCUAAACUGAAAGGACAGGCACAACGGCUUCCAACUUGACCAUGGAAUAUUACGAAAAAAACAUCACUUAUGAUGACGAUUAUAUAGACGAGGUCUGUAACAAGGAACGUGUUGUCAAGUUUGGCUCAAUCGCCACCCCUGCCUUCUUCUCUGUGGUGACCAUCCUGAGUCUAGCAGGCAACAUCCUGGUCCUGGUCAUCCUGGCCAAGUACGAGAACCUCAAGUCUCUCACCAACAUCUUCAUUCUCAACUUGGCCCUAUCUGACCUGGUGUUCACCUUUGGUCUGCCCUUCUGGGCAGCCUACCACAUCUGGGGCUGGACCUUUGGCUGGUUCCUCUGCAAGACCGUCACCUUUGUCUUCUACGCAGGCUUCUACAGCAGCGUUUUGUUCCUGACCAUCAUGACGAUCCACCGCUACCUGGCAGUGGUGCAUCCUCUGUCCGACCACGGCUCCCAGAAGGGCUGCUACGGGGUCACCGUCUCGCUCAUCAUCUGGGCGAUCAGUUUUGGUUCGGCCGUCCCCGCUUUGAUUUUCAGCUCUGUCCAAGAGAAUCCCCACAAAGAAGACAAACAUUUGCAUUGUGAAUACAGCGUUCCACUGUGGAAGAAAGUGAGCACAUGCCAACAGAACGUCUUCUUCUUGGCUGCUUUUGCAAUUAUGGGUUUCUGCUACGUGAGGAUAUUGAGGACAAUCUUCAAGUCAAGGUCACACACGAGGAAUCGAACCAUGAACCUGAUCUUCAGUAUAGUGGCAGUAUUUUUCCUUGGCUGGGCGCCUUACAAUGUGGUGAUCUUUCUGAGGUUGUUAACUGACAACUCCGUAGCACCUUUCACCGAUUGUGAGGUCAGCAUGAAGCUCGACUAUGGGUUCUACGUGUGUCGACUCAUUGCUUUCUCCCACUGCUGUCUCAACCCUGUCUUCUACGCAUUUGUUGGGAUCAAGUUCAGAAAUCACUUGAAGGUUGUUCUGCAGAAACUUUGCUGGCGCCAAAGCACCAUAGAUUCACAACAGAUUAGAGCGACUAAUGUUCCCUCAAGGGAAUCAAUGUAUUAGUCUGGCUCUUGAAGUGUCAGAGCACCAUGGACUGAGCAGACUUCCGUCCAACCUUGAUCAAUUGUAAAAUUUCCUUUUUGCCUUUUCAAUACAUUAAGAAUGCGACUAAUGUUCCCUCAAGGGAAUCAAUGUAUUAGUCUGGCUCUUGAAGUGUCAGAGCACCAUGGACUGAGCAGACUUCCGUCCAACCUUGAUCAAUUGUAAAAUUUGCUUUUUGCUUUUUCAAUACAUUAAGAAUGUUACUUAUCUUUUAUUUCCAUUAGUUUUUAUCAUUGUCAUUUUGUCUUGUUCUUUUCAUUAUUUUGUUAAUCCCACUAUUGGUAUUUUAACAAAGGUUAAAAUACUGUCUUAUGUAUGAGUAUAACGUAUCAAA